GUCCCGGGGGGGGCCGCGGCUCGGUGCCCCCCCCGAGGAUGCCGCUGGCCGUGCAGUGGCCGUUCCCCGCGGAGCCGUCGCGGCGCUGGGCCCUGGCGAGCCGCGUGGUCACGGGCCUGGUGGGCACCUACAGCUGCGUGUGGACCCGGUACCUGAACCGGCUGCGGGUGCACAACGCCGAGGUGCUGCACGAGCUGGUGGAGAGGAGGGGGCCCGGGACCCCCCUGCUGACCCUGUCCAACCACGCCUCCUGCAUGGAUGACCCCCACCUCUGGGGUGUACUUUUGGGAUAUUUUUGGGGUGAUUUGGGGGUCCCAGCGCCCCCUCCCCACAUUUCCUCGCCCCCCAGGACCCCCACGGCUGCUGACAUUUGCUUCACGCGGGAGCUGCACGCGCUCUUCUUCAGCCUGGGGCGCUGCGUGCCCGUCUGCCGCGGGGACGGCGUUUACCAGCGGGGGAUGGAUUUUAUCCUGGAAAAGCUCAACCAGGGAGACUGGGUGCACGUGUUCCCCGAGGGGAUGAGCGAUGUCCUGCCCAACCAGCGGCCCUACGUGCCCCGGGUGGGGCAGCACAUCACGGUGGUCGUGGGGCGCCCGUUCAGCGCCCGGCCCCUCCUGGAGCGGCUGCGCAGCGAGGGGACCCCCACGGUGGAGCUCCGCAAGGCCCUGACCGAUUUUGUCCAGAGGGAAUUCGAGGCGCUGCGGGGCCACGCCCGGACCCUGCACCCCACCCCACAGCGGGGUCCCCCUGCCCCACAGCCGGGGGGUUCUGCCCCAUAGCUGACGGUUCUGACCCACAACUGGGGGGUUCUGCCCCAUAACUUGGGGUUCUG